AUGCCAGUAAAAGACUAUAAAAUUGUAGUAUUAGGAAGUGGUGCUGUAGGAAAAUCAUCAAUUACUGUAAGAUUUGUUCAAGGAAUUUUCCUUGUUAAAUAUGAUCCAACUAUUGAAGAUUCUUAUCGUAAACAAUUGGACUUAGAUGGACAACAAUAUGUUCUUGAAAUUUUAGAUACUGCCGGUACUGAACAAUUUACUGCUAUGAGAGAUUUAUAUAUGAAAACUGGACAAGGAUUUGUUCUUGUUUAUUCCAUUAUUGCACAAUCUACUUAUAAUGAUCUUGAUCCAAUUCAUGACCAAAUUGUUAGAGUUAGAGAUACAGAAGAUGUACCAAUUAUUGUUGUUGAUGAUGGAAAAGCUCUUGCAGAUAAAUAUGGAGCUGACUUUCUUGAAGUUUCUGCUAAGGCUGAAAUUAGAAUUUCUGAUAUUUUUACUACUCUUAUUAAAAGAAUUAAUUCUAGCAAUGGUAACAAAAAACCUGAUCAUGCUCAUCAUUGUUCUCUUCUCUAA